AUGGAAAAAUCGAAUAAUAAUAACAACACAAACGACAACAUAAACUUAACCUUUGCGUCGUUGCACGCGCUCUCCGCGUGGUUGUCGGUGAAAUCAAUCGUCAAAACGACGACGGUGAUUUUGGAAAAGACGACGACGCAACUCGUCGUUCCGGGUGGAGACGGUGCCGGGAAAAGCAUGUUUUCACUCGCGCACGCCGCGAUGUGUCUCCUCAACAUGCUGAGGAGUUCAGUGAAAACGUACAGAGAGAUCAGAAAUACGAACACGGUGAAAUCGCGCAGAAAGAAGAAGAAGAAUAAGAAGAGGAACGGUUUUGGUGGUUUCAAGAGGAAGGAGAAGCUUCGAUUUUUACGAAACACGCAAACGUCCGCGAACGAUGCAAAAUCGGCGUUAGAGAGAGCGAACGAAGCGUUAUUCACGGCAGACGCGGUGUUAGAUACGGACGACUUUGAUCUCGAUUACGACGAGGAGGAGACGAACAGGAUGAACUUGAAGUCGUUGGGGGCGUUGGCGUUGAGCGGAGUGUUUGGCCACGUGAACGACGAGUUUAAAGACGGCAGGUAUCCAACCGCGAAAGAAAGGCAGUUGAUGCGCAGAUUUGUAGACGCGGUGACGAGCGCGAGUUUCGGCGCCGCGUUAAGAGUAACCGCCGGGAUGGCGUGGAGUUUGGAUGACAAAAUCGGGAGGAACCGCGCGAUUGAAACCGUGUUCGUGGCGAGCAGAGCGAUGGAAAAAGAGAAGAGAAAAGAGGCGAGUAAGGGCCUAGGAUUGGAAGGGUUGACGACCAGGUUUCGAUCUAAUGAUGUUAACAACACCAAUAACGGUAGUAAUAGCAGUAGUAGAAAAGAAGGCUCGAAGUCGAGGAAUACUAGUCGCGGCGAGAGCAGCAGUAGCAGCGCGAGUCCGUUCAACCGGUGGCGAAAGAACGGAGGAGGACGAAACGAAACGAAAAAGAAACCGCCAAUAGUGAACUCCUCCUUGAGUAAAGCGACGAAACAAAAGAUGAAAAUAGUCGACAAGAAGGACUUCAAAAGACCAGCUGUAGUGAACCCGAAAGAUACUUUCGGCACUCGCAGGUUGCUCUUUCCUUCUUCUUCUUCUUCGACGAAGACUAACAACAAUACUACGAAGGCAAAACGCGUCAGCAGCCGCGCAGCAAAGACGACGACGACGAAAGAGAACAACAACAACAACAAAAACCAAAACAGGGCAACAGGCGUUAAAAAAAUCAAUCGCAAAGAUGCCAAGAGAAGUCAAGACGACUGCACUUGGUUCGAACGCGCUCGAGAAAGGCUUCCGCGAGUCGCGCCGGUUAUUUUGAUCCUCGCCGGUUUCGUCCUUUGA